AUGGCCUUCGUCCAAGCUCUUCUCUCCAACCCGGCAAUCCCAGCCAAAGACCGCCAGAAAGCCCUUGACAGAGCAUUUGCCGACCCCGGUCUUCCAUCAACAACUCCUACAUCCUCCUUUUGGUUGCGCUCUCCGCACCCUGACCUGGCAAAAGCCCAGUCCGCGACUCUACCAUCGGAAGCGGACGUCGUGAUCAUUGGAUCUGGAGUGACAGGCACUUCGAUCGCAAGGACCCUUCUCAAAUCCCGAGAAGCGGAGAAGAGCCAGAGCGAUAGUCAAAGGCCAGCUGUGGUCAUUCUCGAAGCACGCGAUAUCUGCAGCGGCGCUACAGGCCGAAAUGGCGGACACAUUCUCGAGACGGCGGAGGAAUUUGCCGACCUGGAGGAUAAGCACGGCCCCGACGCCGCGAAGAAAAUCAUGCGAUUUCGCUUGGCACAUUUACGCGAAAUGCUUGAAACCGCGGAGGAGUAUGGUCUUACUAAAGAGUGUCAGGCGAGAAGGGUGCAGUUCCUAAGUGUCUAUUUUGAUGAGGAUGGAUGGGAAGAUGCUCGAGAGCGGGUAGGCCGGUUGAAGGUGGGAUUGCCAGAAGAGACUAAGGAAUGGAGGGUGUAUGAAAGGGGGGAGAUCCCAGAGGAGUUUUGUCUUUCUCGUGCGUUGGGGAUUGUUGCUGGUCCGGGAGGGGCUAUUUGGCCUUAUAGGUUUGUCACUGGUGUGUUGGACCAGCUGAAGAAGGAGUUUUCGCGGGAUCUGCUGAUUGAGACGAACACGCCUGUGACUGGUAUUGAGGAGGUGGAUGGAGGAGGCGAUUCGCAUCUGCGAUACCUGGUUUCUACAUCUAGAGGUGUUAUUCGCGCUCGUCAUGUCAUCCACUGUACAAAUGCUCAUGUUGGCCACCUCGUGCCUGGUUUGAGAGGCCGCAUUUACCCUAUACGCGGGCAGAUGUCGGCGCAACACCCCGGUCAGAAAUUCCGGUGUCAGGGCGAGGAGCACUCAUGGAUCCUAAACUAUGAUCGUGGCUUCGACUAUCUCACCCAGUUGCCACAAUCAGAGGCUGGGCAGAUGAUGAUGUUCGGUGGAGGUUUUGCUCAGGGAGAGGGAGGUGGAAUCACUGAUAUGGGCAUCGCAACGGACUCGGAAAUUAGUCUGUAUGCUGAUAUUCAUCUGUCGGGUGCGCUGAGUGCGGUGUUUGGCCGUAACAAUUGGGGCAGUGUUGCCCAACAGAGUGUGGAGCAGAUGUGGACAGGGAAUAUGGGAUUUAGUGCAGAUGGACUUCCCUGGGUCGGACGGCUUCCUGGUUCGACAACAGAGCGGGAGCCUCAUAGAGAAGGACAGGGUGCUGAAUGGGUAUCCGCUGCUUUCUCAGGGGAGGGAAUGGUGCUGGCCUGGCUGUGCGGCAAAGCAUUGGCGACAAUGUUGCUGAUCCAUGAUAACGAGUUGCUCGAGUCUAAGUCUACGGAUCUUUCGUGGUUUCCAGAGCAGAUGCUGGUGACGGAAGAUAGGGUCAAGAAGGCUGUUUUAAUGCGUCAUGUGCAAGAACGCUCCCACUUGUAG